UUAGAUUAUUUGGUCACAUACUUGAUUAUUUUCUCUCUCUUCCAUUUACCUCUCCUUCUGUCUUCUCACUGUCUCUCUCCUCUGAACUUGUAUUUUCUGGUCGCCUCCAGUAAGAAAUUCGAAACUCGAAUUCGAACCCUCUGUCUUCUCACUCGAAUUCCCCAUUUCCUCCAUCUCCAUCUCCAUCGUCGUUUGCGGUGGUGGGUGACUUGAAGAAUUAUUUCUGGGCUUGCCGCGGGGAGAAUUCAAGGGUUUUACGCAUUAUUCUUGAUCAAUUUGACCCAAAUUAGAUUUGUAUUAUUCCCCGCAAAAAUUAUGAGAUCGAAGACAGUUGUGCGAUCGAAGAACUGGAAACACUUGAUGGAUCCAUCAACUUCUAAGGCCCCUUGUAAUGGGGGGUCUGAAGUGAAGGGGAAGAACAAAACUAACAAGAAGGCUAAGCUACUUAAGAAGUCUGUAAAUGCGGUUGUUGAUAAUAGUGGUGAAGAAGACACUGGUGCUGAUCAGCAGACUGAUGAAGAUACUUUAGAGGAGUUCUGCUCUCCCUCUCCCUCUCCCUCUGAGUUCAUGAAGAUGAUGAUGCAGUUCAUGAAGAGUAAGAAUAAAAUUCGGAAGAGGAAAAGGGCAAAGGGUGAAAUAACCGAAGGCUAAAAAGUUUUGAGUGAAGGGGAAAUGUUGAAGACCCAUCAUGAGAACAUCUAAAAGUACCCCAACAUUGUAUGUAGAGUCGUUCUUUCUGCCAAGCUGUCAAACAUUUUGAUUCAAGAAGACACGCUUUAGUGACACAAAUGGGGUCUGAAGGUCUUUUAGAGAUUGACAUGAAAAAUAUACCGAGGCAAUUUUGCUAUUGGUUGAUGACAAGAGUGCUUCGUGAUGGCAUGAUGGUGUUUGGGCACAGUGAGAUCUUACCCUUAGGUCCCGCUCAAGUGAGGUCUGUACUUAGGUUAUCCAUGGGUGAUGAAAAAGUCCCUUUUGAUGUUGGUGAAAAUGAUGAGGAGAAGGUGGAGAAGAUGAGAAGAAUAUUUGAUCUGUAUGGUGUCGGUUUGAAUAAAGAAAACAUUUUGUUGAAAUAUGCUUCAGAAGCAUUAUGUUCGUUGGAUGCAUCGGGUCAAGCAAUUCCCCUUGCAGAUGAAGUUGACAAGGAGGAUUUCAUGGUAGUCUUUCUACUUGUCGCCCUUGGUAAAGUGGUUUGUACAACCACUAAUAAUUCAAACUUUCUGAAGUCACUCCGACUAGCAUUGACAGUGGCUACCGAGGCUGUCAUGUAUGACUGGUGUUCGCUGACUUUUUAGUGGCUAUGCGACACGGCUAACAGAUUUCAUAGGAAGUUCCAGAAAGAUGGUUUUAGGUCUGGAUGUGGGGGCAGUUUUCUGUUCAUUAUGAUUUAUUAUCUCGACCACUUGCAUCUAGUUCUUGUUCAUUGGGGCGUUUACCCGAGGGUGAAGGUAUGGAACUGUGGUGAGGUGAAGGCAGCUCUUCUUGAAGAUAAGGUGUCGACCAAUGACUAUGGCAAGUUUGAGGCCGUCGAUAUUGCUUAUGGGGAGGAACAUCCCCUAGUACCAAGGGAGGAUGAUGGUGUUCCUAAGAACAAGGCGGUGGUUUCAGGAAAUGAGGCUUCCGUAGAUGUUGUCGAGCGGGCCCGGUUCAAACUUAAUUCUUUGUGAUGGUGUAGAUGCAUCUCAAAGGGACUACUAUCGUGUUGUUUCCCCAAGAUCUCAUGCUGGAGAUCAUUAUGUUAGGGUGGCCUCUGUUUUGUAUAUGAAGACUUGGGCAUCACAACAUACGAGGAAAAGGAUUAUGAUGGAUCCUUUGUAUGCGAAUUUUGUUAUGGUUGGUAAAGAUGACCCUAAAAUGUUGGGCCAAAAGUACGGGAAGACUUUCCUUAGCUAUUCUCUUAACCAAAUCCAAAGUAAUGCAGAACAUUGGUAUUGCUUGGCCUUGGAUUUAAAGGUACAUUUGGUUUGGAUGAUUGAUUAUUUGUAUGAAGAUCCGUACUUAAAGCAUGAAAAGUGUCAUCAGCAACUUAUGAAGGCCUUAGCGGAGUUGCUGCAGCUUAGUGACCCCACAUGGGAGGUGGGUAUAACUUCUACAUGGUUGAGGAGGACAUUUCCGGUACGACAGGCUGACAAUUGCUCUUGCGGCGCAAUCAUGCAAGCAACUAUAAAGCAUUGUGCACGAUCUUUUGAAGCUCCCUUUCACAUGGAAAAACAUACCUCCUCCUUGAGGAACAAUCUGUUUCUUGAAGAUGUGAAUAGCGACUUCAACGAGUUGCAUGCAAAUUUGGAGACGAUCCUCCCAAAGGAAAGACGAGGCGGUAGAAGGAAAGGUUCUCACAUGACUUCAUAGGUGGUCUAACUGUGUUCAGAAGGGGGGUGUGCUCAGGGGUGCAUAACCCAAUUUUGUUUUUGUGAAACUAAUUAUGAAACUGUAUUCAUGAGCAAGGGGGUGCAUAACCCAAUUUUGUGGAAACUUAUUAUGAUGUGCUGUUAACAUAGGUAGGUGGUUAAUUAGUUAGUUAGGUAGUUGAACACUCUUGACGUAGUUAUAUUUAACUAAUGUAACCUUCCAGUUGAACAAGUGAUUAACAGCUACUGAACUUUAAAGUUUAUUUAAUUGCAUAGGAUUCAGGUUACAUAACAUUA